AUGGGUGUCGGAACUUCACGGCCAAGCUCUCGUCCUGUGGGAAGUUCACCACUUUUUCCGACAAGACCUGGAAAUGUUCCUUAUGGAGGUCUAUCACCAAUUAGUGGAAUGAAUCGACCAGUUAGUCCCAUAGGAGCUGGUAACAUCGGAACGUUAACGCCAAUUCAACAACAGAUAAUAGCACUACAAAACCAAUUACAACAGCAACAACAAUUUGGUGGGUUAGGUCAACCAAAUCGUUUAGUUCAACCGAAUCUUUUAAAUCAACCAAAUCUUUUAAAUCAACCAAAUCUUUUAAAUCAAUCGAAUCUUUUAAAUCAGCCGAAUCUUUUAAAUCAACAACAAUCUUUGAUUUCUCAAUAUGGCCAAUCGAGUCCAGUGCUUCAAAAUAUACUUCAAAACAGACCAAUCCAAGGCCCAAGCAGUGUGAAAAAUAUUGAUUAUAUGGCAUAUGCGAAUCUGUCCGGCUUAAAACCGGCUGACAUAGCUAUUUUACAUCGAGAGUUUACGAGUUUAUCGCGUGGUAAUAAAUUGGAUCGCGUUGUUUUUCGUCAACUAUUACGUGAAGCACUAGCUGAUAUAAAUAAUGAACAAAUCGAUCGAACGAUUGAAGAUAUGUUUGUAAGAAUUGAUCGUAAUCAUGAUGGUUGGAUUGAUUUUCCGGAAUUUGUUGGUGCAUUUAAAGAAAUUUUAAAAGGAAAUCCGCAUGAUCCAGACAGUUUGUUAGGACAAUCAAUGAAUUUAACAGGUGACGGCGGUAUGCGUAGAAGAUCUUAUCCACAGCUAAAUCCGUAUCAAGGUGCAGGGAUGUUUUCAUCUGGACAACAGUACAGUCUUCCACUAACCUAUGGUGGAACAGCAGCUCCAAUAUCAAUUAGCGGUAUUGGACAAUCAUCUCCAGAUCUAGGACAAGGACAAUAUAUUAUAGCUGCACCUGGACAGUACACGAUCACUCAGCCUACAGCUUUACAAUGUAUACCCCUACCAAUGAUUUAA